AUGUUGACCCAGUACGCGUACAUCAAACCGAGAUACCAGUUCGGAAAACAAUGCAUCUUCUCCGAUGCCUUCGUGGCUAUUGAGGACAUUUAUCCGAACCCGGAGUUCCCGCAAGAUUAUGUUCUCAAAGCGCAUUGUCAUCGCGGGACCUCGAUGCAAAAGCAAUAUGCUCUCCACGAGGUUCAGACAGAAAGGAAGAUUACCACGAGCACCGGAAUAAUGCACUCUGAGGGUGGCUGGCCAAGAGAGAUUAAUCCGAAGGAUGCUGAACUUGUUCAAAGAUUUCGCAGACGCAUGGAGAAAGAUGAUAACUGGCCUAUAAUCAUGAGAGGCCUGCUCCCAACAGUGGAGCGUUACGUGCUUCAAAAUAAUGCAGUCAACAUCUACCAAAAUUUCUUCGAUGACCUAAUUCCGACACACAUGGGAAAACAUUAUAAUCUCAGGGUCACGAACUUGUACGAGGAUCCGGAGACGAAGAUCAGGCCCGUGAGGCAUUUGUCGUGGUCGCCGAAUCAGGCGCAACGACUGGCCGUUGCAUACGGUUUCAUGGAAUUUGAAGAGCAUCCGAACGACGUGAGCCCGUACUCCUACGUAUGGGACAUCGGGAAUCCCAACAAAGCUCUCCUAAAGUUGAAAUCGAGCUCACCCUUAAUGACAAUCGAAUAUAAUACCCGUGAUCCUGUAUUGUUGGUCAGCGGUCUCACAUCAGGUCAAGUAUGUUGCUGGGACAUUCGAGCGAGCGACGAACCCGUGCACAUAUCUCACCCCUACGUCAGUCACAAACACCCAGCGAUUCAAACCCUGUGGAUCCCGUCGAAAUCCAAUACCGAUUUCUUCUCGUCAUCCACGGAUGGUACGGUUUUAUGGUGGGACGUCAGAUUUAUGAAAAAGCCGACGGAGACGUUGGUGAUGGACCUGGAGCACCCGGAGAGGGCGGACGCUUUCCGUGGUGCUGGAGUCACGGCGCUUCAAUACGAGCCGACUAUGAGCAGCAAGUUCCUCGCCGGGACCGAGAACGGUCUGGUCGUGAACGUCAAUAGAAGAACUCUGAAUCCGUUGGAAAAACUCGCCCUCAGAUUCCAUUGCUACACCGGGCCUGUGGUCGCCAUCGAUAGAAAUCCCCUUUAUACGAAGAACUUCUUAACUAUCGGCGACUGGUCCGCCAAGAUAUGGGCGGACGACACUAAGGAAGGAUGCUUCCUCACUACUAGCGAGAAGAAUAUCGAUCUAAGCGGUGGGUGUUGGAGUAAAUCCAGGUGCUCCGUGUUUUUUGUGAUAAACCGGGAUGGACUGUUGGAGGCGUACGACAUACUGGCUGGUAUGAAGAACCCGUUGACUACCAUCCGCAUUUGCAGAGACAGCUUAACGGCGAUUAAGUCCCACGAGCACGGCGAAUUUCUCGCCGUUGGAAGUGAUAACGGCAACGUUUACUUGUUGGAGUGCUCCGACGACUUCUCCUCGUUCUCGAAAGACGAUAGAGCCGCUUUAAGUAACUACCUGGAGAGAUGUAGCCGAUACGAGAAGGCAAUCGACACACGACUGAAGGAGAUACGCCUGAUGCAAACCACCGACGUACAAGUGUCGUUCUCCCGCGCGGUAAAGUCCAAGAGGAAGGAGGCGAGGGACAAGAAGCAGGCGAGGGACAAGGAGUCGAAGGAUCUGAGGAGCAAAGAGAAGAGCUUGGAAAAGGAAAGGAGGGACAGCCGGAAGCGGUCCGGAAGAAUCCCGCGGCAGAAGGGAAAGGUUUCCGCCAAAAUGAGCUCUCCCGAACUCCUCGAAGCUGAGGCGUUUUAUUUCAAGAAGAUAGAGGAGGAAGCGACGAAGUACACGGAGAUCGACCCAGUUGAUUUGGAAGCGGCAGAAGCUAUCCUGAAGGAAAGAACAGCGACCAAGCCCGUGGAAGAAGAAUCGGAACACGAAAAGGACGAUGCGAAGAAACGAAAAUCGACGAAACGGAUCAGGACUCGAUACAGACCGCCGACGAAAGCCAUUCUUAAGAGUAGAGAAACGAUCGAAGAGAAAGCGAAGGACGACGACGAUGUAGAUUCCCGUAGGAGGAGGGAUUCCAGGGGCCGCGGGAAGAAAAUACUGAAGAAGACCUGCCCCCCCACCGUAGUCUGCAAGCCGGAAAUUUGUUGCUUGGAUUUAGAAGAGAAGCGAAGGACUCAGUUAAAGAAGAAGGCGAAAGAAAAUGAACGCGAGGCGAUGGCUGAGAUGAAGGCAGACGACGAAGAGAAAGAGCAAGAGACUCUCGCUCGAAGCAAAUCGUUCGUCGUCGAUAAUAAAUCGUUUAGACAAUUAUCUGAUUACAUCGCGCAGAUCCCACAGCCGCCACGCGCGGUUAGGCGCAGGAUUUUAGAGGCAAAGGAUGCACCACCGCGGAUUCUGCGAAAGGAGCUCAGUCUGGCGAAGAAGGAAAUGCGCGCCUGGCAGGAGAGUGCGACCGCGAGAACUCUUACUACGUGGGCGAACGAGGAAAAGUUGGAAGCUCGCAUCCCGAAGAAGAUAGAGAUCGUGGUGGAUGCGGAACACGAUUCGGAAAAGAGUACAGCUUUGCUGGACGACGUCCAGAGAGACGCGAAGAAGCUUGACGCACGGCCGGUCUUUGCAAAGAAGAGGGCACGCAUACGUAAGGCGAAGAAACCGGUGCUUACCGAAGAAGAUAUCGAGAGAAUCAAAGAGGAGAAACAGAAAAAAUUAUGGAGGAAGUUGAAGCAGAAGGUGAAACGAUUCGACGAGCAGCAUAAAGAGCAGAAAGUGUCCUAUCCGCGGAUAUCGGCUGCCUUCGUGCGGACCUCGUCGGACGAGUUAGUGACGGAUAACAGUAAAAACGAGGUGUCGGCAGAUUAA